UUGUGUGAUGAAGAGCUUAGCGAUGUCCACGAGGGAACUUGAAGAUUUCAGUAAUUUCUUAAAAGAGACAUCCCAGUUGGAUCAAAAUGUGAAAAGUGGCGUUCCCGAAGAUUUUGACGAUGACACGCCAAUAUCUGACCACGCUUGGGAAGAAAGUGGUAAAUUUGAAGGCGAUCUGAUUCUAAAUGACAGGCAGAGGAGAAUGAUAGUCGCCAGCGUCGCUGAAGGCCUCGCAAGAAAUGGCAUUUCAGAUACAACUAAACGUUGGCCAAACAAUGAAGUUAUUUACUUCAUACAAGCUGACCAUUUCUCAAGCGAUCAGAUAGAAGCAAUACACAAUGGGAUAGACGAUUUGGCUCGAUCUUCAUGCGUCAAAUUUAGACCUUAUGUAAAAGGCGAUCGUGACGCUGUAGUAAUUCAGGGUAGCAGAAGAGGAUGCUUUUCGCAGGUAGGGUACCAGGGAGGGUAUCAAGUGUUGAACCUCUCGGCACGCCAUCCGACAGGUCGCGGCUGCUUCCGUCAUGGUACUAUUGUACAUGAAAUGCUACAUACCUUGGGCUUCUAUCACAUGCAGAGUAGCUCCGAUAGAGACGAGUUUAUAGAUGUUGUAUGGGAGAACAUUAUUAGAAGUGCGAGACACAACUUUCGCAAAUAUAAUUCGUUUGCAGUUUCUGACUUUGGCGUUGGUUACGACUACGAUAGUGUUUUACAUUACAGUCGCAAGGCUUUCUCUUUGAAUGGCCAAGACACACUGGUUCCUAAGCAGCUUGGGGCAACUAUUGGUCAGAGAAUAGGUUUAUCAGAAAAAGACACUCAGAAACUUAAUAAGAUGUACUGCGAUGCAGAACCCGAUCACCAACUCGAUACCGACUCAAUAGAAAAGCCCAAGAAAAAGAAAAAAAACAAAAAUAAGCCAUUUGAAGGCCAUGGCUUAGGUUACCAACAAGUAAAACGACGCAAGAACUGCAACCGGCGUUUAUUCCGGGAACUGGAAAUAGAAAAGAAGUGAUUCCACAACUUUACAAGUCUACAGUUUUACCAAAUAUUGAAGAAUAUGGAAAAUCUUAUUUUAAAGAAAAUCCGCUCCGAUCCGAAUCCGAGAAACAAGUUACUAAUAGAGAACAGUCAGUUAUAAAACCACAUACUGAAGAAAAGCAUGAAGACAAGCGUUCUGAUGCUGAAUAUGAGGAUUUAUCAAAUGCAUUUUAUAGAUUUUCGCAAAUAAUAAAACCGGGAGACUUUUCAAAACAAACACAAAACGAUGAUAACUAUAAAGAACACUAUAACAUUGAAAAGCUGUUAGUUAAGGAGGAAGAAUCCCCUUCUAAAUAUGUAGGACUUUCACACCGGUACCAACCUGAGUUAAGAUCAAGUUUUAUUCCUUUAGUUAAUGAAGAAAAAGAUAGUUUUACUUUUUUUGGCCAUCAUAUUCCUCGAAAAGAGAAAUGGCAACACGGAAAUGAAUAUUACAGAGACAGAAACCCAACGUUAUCAGAAGUUUAUAGAUAAAAUUAAAAUGUAUUUACAUAUAAUAUUUAUGGUACGUAGACAGGCCCAACGAAUGACUACAAAUUACGCUCGACGUUUGCUAGCGCAUGUAGUAUUAGCAUUUUAGUUUUAUUUUCUAACGCAUAAAUGAACGUUAACGAAUUGAAGUUAUAUGUGUUUGUUGACUCGGAAUAUACGCACGAAUAUGUAAUGUUAUUUGUUGAUAAUUUCGUUUUAAUUUAAUAAAAAGUUUAUUAAAA